AUGAACGUGGACGCCCAUCACGCCGUACGGCGUCUCUAUGUCCAGCUGCUGCACGCGCAGCACGGCGCGCAUGGCGUGAUGGAAGAGGAAGAGCCUGGUCCGCUCCCGCCGAGUUCCACCAAAGUCCCCGCUAACCGUAACCCGCUCUCAACCACAACCUCUCUUAAGCGUAGUAGUGCACCAGAGAAAACAGCGCCGCCUCCGAGCCCAAGUUCCCCGGCUGCUGUGACCGUCACUUCAUACGCACCUCCCGCACCCUCCCGACAUCAACCGGGGCCAGCAGCCUCGCCUGCAGCAACGGCGUGCUUCGCGUCGAGAGUCGCCUCGGGGUUCACAGAUGCGCGGUCAUCACGCUCUGGCGGGCUGAAAGGAUGGUGGAGGCGGCGGUGUCACAGAUACUCGAGAUCCCCUUCCACAGCUGUCAGCAGUGUGGCGUCAGGGGACGAGGAGGUGACACCCACUGCGGAGGUUCGACAGUGGAAGGUGCGUCUAGCGCGCACACUGCGUCAGCGAAGCUUCCAGGUGGAGGAGCAACUGCGGGAGAUGCUGAGGGAGCACUUGCGGCAGUGCUUAAAGGCAGACGUGGUAUCGGGACUCACAGCACCAUCGGAGCACGGCACGCCGGCGAGACUCAGUGCUCCUUCGGUGCCUUCGUUCCUGCGCGUCCUGUCCACCGGCUAUACCGUCACCAUCUCAGUACAAAACGCCAGCGGGGCUGAGGCCGGAGUGCGCGGCCAGGAGGCGCACGAUGCCGGUCAGGGUCUGUUUUUCAGUGGCCUGGGAAAAGAGGCGCCCGGCGAGGACGGCACCACCCGCGAUGCGGACAACCCACCGCAGCGCGAGGGUGCGCACGAGAAGAGUGCAAGGGAGGCAGGCCUCAAAUCACCGGACAUCCAGGCAGAGCCUCUGCGACCCCCCGGCUCGAAGCUAGUAGCAGCCACCGCGUCAGCAGCUGCGACUUCAGCACCCAAGGCUGCACCGUCAAAGACGCCAUCCCUCCAGGCGCAGCUAAAGGCAUGUCAGGCAGACCUCUCUCAGGGCUGGCAGUCCGCCGGCAUGCCGAGCAAUCCGCUCGUGCUAGUGCGCACAGCGGCUCUGUGCAGCCGACUGAAUGCGUACCAAACGGAUGCGGCUGGUGCGAUGACCAACACUGAUACUCUCGCCAAUGCUUCAUCCGCAAAAUACCUCACCCAGGAACAAGAGAAUAACGACACGCUUGCCGCCGCACGGCCACCUGCGUGCACGCUGUGGGAGUACCUGCCCAUCUCCUCGUCCUUGCACAUCAACAUGAGCCCGGCAAUCGAGAAGGACGGGAAAGCUGUGACGGCGCCCGGUGCCUCUCAAUCGACAACUUCGCAGUCGCCCAUGGACAAGCUCAAAGCGGCGUGGUGUCGACGUGUGGGCAAGCCUACGCGUGGGAUACCGCAAGCGCGAAGCGAUGGCGCAGAGGCGGAUGAGCGAGCGGCUCUUCCGAGGACUGCAGCACAUGAUCCUAUCGCACUGACGACCGACGGCCACUGGCACAGGCUCCAAGAGCAGGUGCGGGCAGCGCAAGAUGUCUUCCGGGUUCUGCUUGAAGAUGCGGCUUCAUACUCUCAAGACAGCCGACAAAAGAACGGCGGCACCACAACGCACGCCGCUGCGGUGUCACCCUCCAUGGAACCGCCGCCGCUGAGCGCUUACGCACCAUUUUCACACAGUUUGUUGCCUGGAUGCUCCGAAGCGGAGGACUCGGCGACAGCGGUGGUUAUGGUGUGCUACACCGCAGCCCCACACAAUCUGGAUGCUGUGAGCUGGAGCGCGGGCGCAUGUACUGGGAGCACACCGGCGGAAACUUUGCCUUCAGUGUCACUGCAGCCGACAUGGGUGCUGCGCUUCGAGGUGGACGCCUUGCACGAGGGGUGGCUGCGGCGGACGCUACUGGAGGUGGCGUCAAGAGAGACGACGUCAUCACCUGAAUCAGUCGUGGCAGCCAGUACUUCUCCCCUUCCGACACCAACGAACGACAGGCUUGACACGACCGUGACAGGCUUGACAGCGCUAAGGGCCAAUGUGCUGGCGUCUCUGCAGUCGAUGUGCGCCUGCAACUGA